GGGCUUCUUCGGCAAGAGCUCGAGAGCAGCAGUUGCGCCCUCUUCUGUAAAUUAACUACACCACGCCACGCACUUUAUCAGUGCACGAAAUUUACAACUUGUCCUGUCGCCUCUGUUGGGGUUAGAAAGAAGCAGCCUCUAGCAAGUCAAUUCUAGAGCAACAAGUACAUAGGUGUCACGUCGUCUGCCACUAGCUUCAAGGUGUCAUUGAAAAUGGUGCGAGCAUGGUACAUGGAUGAUUCGUCUGAGGAUCAGAGACUAGAACAUCACCGUAACCCUCCAAAAUUUAUUGAGAUUCCACAACUCUGCAAGUCAACAGGUGUCGAGCAUUUCAAGAUAAAACAUGAUUCAUUUGAGACCGACGAUGUCCUUUUAAACCUGAAAAAGGAACGAGGGUACACUUACGAAGAUGAGUUCCAGACUGAAGAGAGCAGACCUGACUAUGAAGCAAAGCUCCGAACGUUCUACACUGAGCACAUUCAUACUGAUGAAGAAAUUCGACUGUGCUUGUCUGGUAGUGGCUACUUUGAUGUACGUGAUGCAAAUGAUGAAUGGAUCAGGAUCGAAGUUACACCUGGGGAUUUGAUUAUCAUUCCCAGUGGCAUCUAUCACAGGUUUACUUUGGACACAAAGAACUUUAUUCGUGUUAAAAGGUACUUUGUGGGUGAGCCCAUUUGGACACCUUACAACCGACCUGCUGAUAAAAUGGAGGCACGUCUAAACUACCUCAACAAGCUGAAAGCUGGAUUUUAAGAUUUAUUUAAAUCCUCAAGUGGCACCAAAUUUCUUCAGGAUUUUUCAAUUUUGAGCAUCAGGGUACUGCCAUUAAUUUCUGUCAGAUUUUAGUGUGUAAAUGAAAUAGCACCAGUAAUACUGCUAGUAACCAUUCCAUUGUGUGUUUUUUGCAUAUCUCUGUAAAUAAGUAGGUGGACAUUGAUUUUUGUCAUCUCGAGAUGCACUCUGUCAAAUUUUAUUGGUAUAUAAAUUGUAUGUUGGUAGCUGUU